AUGGAGAAUACAUCUCUUAUAUCUUUGGCUUCAAUACCCAAUGCAAUUUUAUUGCUUCUUUCUUUAACUAUUUUCCAAGAAGUGCAAGGAAUUGGUGUUAACUAUGGCACAAUAGCAAACAAUCUUCCACCACCAUCUCAAGUUGCAAAAUUUCUCUCACACUCCACCAUAAUUAACAAGGUGAGAAUCUUUGAUGCUAACCAUGAAAUCUUACAUGCUUUUGCCGAUACCGGAAUCGAGAUAACCAUAACAAUACCUAAUGACCAAAUUCCAAACAUAACCAAUUUAACCUUGGCUCAACAAUGGAUCAAAACCAAUGUCCAACCUUUUAUCCCCUCAACCAACAUCAUAAGAAUCCUAGUAGGAAAUGAAGUCUUAUCAACAGGUAACAAACUUCUUAUUACUAGCCUUGUCCCUGCCAUGCAAACCCUACACAUUGCCCUUGUAACAGCUUCAUUAGACAAUCUUAUAAAAGUGUCCACACCACAUUCUUUAGGUAUUUUAACUAACUCAAGUCCACCAUCAAGUGCUAGGUUUAGACAAGGCUAUGAUAUACAUAUAAUAAAACCAAUGCUUAGGUUUCUUAAAGAUUCAAAUUCACCUUUCAUUGUUAAUCCUUACCCCUUUUUUGCUUGUACUUCAAGCAACCUAGAUUUUGUGGUUUUUCGUGCCAAUUCAGGAGUUUAUGAUGAUUAUACUAAACUAAAAUACACCAAUAUGUUUGAUGCGCAACUUGAUGCUGUUUAUUCAGCAAUGGAAGUUUUGGGCUUUGAGGAUGUUGAAAUUGUUAUUGGCGAAACAGGUUGGCCUUCGAUGGGCGAUUCGGACCAAAUUGGUGUUGACAAGAAGAGUGCUUCUGAUUACAAUGGGAAUCUUAUAAGGCAUGUUACUUCUGGGGAAGGAACGCCUCUCAUGCCGAACCGGACUUUUGAUACCUAUGUUUUUGGAUUGUUUAAUGAAAAUCUAAAGCCCGGUCCAAUAUGCGAAAGGAAUUUCGGGCUGUUUUGGCCUAAUAUGAGUCUUGUCUAUGAUGUUCCAAUAAUGAGAAACAAUGUAGAUGUUGCUAACAAUCAUUCUAAAGCUUUGUUGUCAAUAAUGAUAGCUUUGAACUUCUUGAUAGGUUUUUGA